AUGCGGGUCAUGCCCAUCAUCCGCAGCAGGACCGGCUGCUUCACCUGCCGCCGCCGCAAGAAGAAGUGCAACGAGGAGAAGCCGAUAUGCAGUGGCUGCAAGCGCAACAAGCUCGACUGCCGCUGGCCGACUGAGGCCCCGUCUUCGUCCUCGCUCUCAACCUCCUCCUCAUCCACCAUCACCGGCAAGAACCUGCCGCCUUCACCCACAGAUGUCAUCUCCGCAGCCCAACGCAUGGAGAGACACGCCAUCAUCGCCGCGUCAAUGAGCCCGGAGGAGCCCCGACGGCAGAGCCUCCACCAGCAAGAGCGCAAGCUCUCCCGGCAGGAGAAUCAGUCCCCUCGCCUGCAGCGAAUUGAGCCGGCGCCGGAACCGACUUCUGCUGUCCAGCCGGAGACCCACUCGCCCCGGGACUUCUUCCACGUUCCCACGGAGCCCGGACCGGAGAUGGACCUGGACGACGGCGACGUGGAGGACGUCUCGCAGGACGUCGAUAGGAGGUCGUCAUCGACGUCUUCCCACUCCACCUCGUCACUCGAAAGCCUGCCACUGCAGUCGGGCUUCCUCGACGACGACGCCGUCAGCGACCUCGCCCUCAUCAGCUCCGGUCUCUUGUUCGACGACUCCUCCGGCCUGCAGGACGGCGGCAUCACCAUGCCCAUGUCGCUGCUCCCGACGCACGGCCAUAGCUCCUACGAGCUGCUCAGCUACUACCUCUCCCGCACCGCCAACAGCAUGGGCAACGGCUCCACCGACGUCAACCCCUUCGUCGCGAAGCUGGUUCCGCUCGCCUUCUCCAACCCGCUCGUAUUGCAGCUGAUAUUGGCACAAAGCGCGGCGCAUCGCCAGGCUUCCAAGGAGCCGGACUCGAGCAACGAGGUGGCGCAGCGCUACUACACCGACUCGCUGCGCAUGUUUCGAAACGUGGUCGGCGAGUACGUGGGCGGGAAGGAAGAAAACACACUCACGCUGACGGUCGGGAGCUUGAUUCUUUGCCUCACAGAGGUUGCGCGUGGUGACAUCAACGGCACCAUCUUUGACCACCUCACGGCUUCAAAGUCGCUGUUGACAGUGCUGCUCGGUCGGGCCAAGUCCUUUACCAACGACGACCUCCCCGACUUUCUCGUCGAGUAUUACAUGCACACGGCGGCGUCGAGCAUGAUCUCGACCGACUUCCACCAGUCGAACCACUCCCUCCUCAGCCCGCACAUCGAAGACGCGGCCAGGACGCUGGUCAACCGCAAGUACAUCGGCCAGCUCUGCGGCUGCUGGCUCGAGCUCCUCCUGCUCAUCCCCCAAGUCUUCCAGCUGGGGCAGAGCAUAAUGGGCGAAACCGAUGGCGAGCAGCGGCGGCCCCCCUCUACCGACGACAUCAUCUCCUUCGGCUUCCUGCAGUCGCAGAUCCUGGCCUUCUUCCCCUCGCCGAUCGCCAGCCCGUACAGCCAUCUAGCCGGCAUCGUCUUCAAACAAGGCGUGCUGCUCUACCUAUGGAGCAUCCUCGGCACGCCACAGACGUCGCCCGCUGGCAGCGCUCACAGGGACCUCAUGGAGGGCGCCAUCGCCGAGGCCAUCACCGCGCUGAGCCAGUUCCCGGCAUCGGUGCGCGUCAACACGAGCCUCUGCUGGCCGCUCGCCGUCAUCGGCUGCUGCACCGCGGACCCGGGCGUGCAGGAGAUUUUGCGUGCGCGCCUGCAGACCAUGAUUGACACCAUCGGCCUGGGCAACAUGCGCGAGACGCUGGUGCUGCUGGAGCGCGUGUGGAGCCAGCCCGUCGAGGAGACGAGCCCUUGGACGCUGUACAAGACGAUGCAGGACCAGCAGAUUUGGAUAUCCUUUGCGUGA